AUGACCCAUGUUUUGUUCAAAAGCAAAGACAUGGAUGGUGGCAUGUCCCGAUGGUCCGAGUAUCUAAGUGUUGAAGAACCAAUUCCUUCGGCAUUGGCAACCUGGAGGAACAUGGGUGUUGAUGGGCCGCAAGGCUCGUCUGCCAGUGGCCACAAACAUCUUCAGAUGGAGCCGGUGGUUCAACUGUCAAAGGUAGAUAAGUUUGCUCUUGAUGCUUUAAACGAGAAUGCUGAAGGUUACAUGCACAAUCUUGAGCAGUGGAUCCUGUUGCUUCUUGAUUUGCUGGCAUUUCGUGAACAAGCUUUGCGACUUAUUUUGGAUUUGAGCAGCACGGUCAUAACAUUGCUGCCACACCAGAACUCUUUAAUUCUUCAUUCUUUUAUGGAUCUGUUUUGUUCAUUUGUCCGAGUGAAUCUCUCUGACAAGAUGCCAAGAAAGAUGAUCCUCCAGGUUUACAACAUCUUGCACGUAAUGCUAAAGGGUGGUCGUGAUUGUGAGUUUUAUCACCGAUUGGUUCAAUUUGUGGACUCUUAUGAUCCACCUAUCAAGGGGUUGCAUGAAGAUCUUAAUUUUGUGAGCCCAAGAAUUGGAGAGGUCCUGGAAGCUGUUGGCCCAAUUAUCUUUCUUUCAACUGAUACAAAAAAGUUAAGGAACGAAGGUUUCCUCAGUCCAUUUCAUCCACGUUAUCCAGACAUCCUAACAAACUCCGCCCAUCCAAUGAGGGCCCAAGACUUGGCUAAUGUUACAUCAUACCGUGAGUGGGUUCUUCUAGGAUAUCUUGUUUGUCCUGAUGAACUACUUAGGGUGACCAGUAUAGAUGUUGCCAUGGUUGUUCUGAAAGAAAACUUAAUACUUCCUCUGUUCAGAGAUGAGUACAUCUUACUUCAUGAAAACUAUCAACUUUAUGUUCUUCCAAAAGUUCUAGAAUCAAAGAGAAUGGCUAAAUCUGGCCGAACUAAGCAGAAGGAAGCUGAUCUGGAGUACAAUGUUGCAAAGCAGGUUGAGAGAAUGUUAACGGAAGUGCAUGAGCAAGCACUAGUGUCAUGUGAUGCUAUGCAUCGUGAAAGGAGAAUUCUUCUUAAGCAGGAAAUUGGAAGGAUGGUUUUAUUUUUCACAGAUCAACCUAGCCUCCUAGCACCUAAUAUUCAGAUGGUCUUUUCUGCUCUUGCUUUGUCUCAAUGCGAGGUGAUUUGGUACUUCCAACAUGUGGGGGUUGCAGCAUCAAAAUCUACUCGAGUGAAAACUGUUGACAUUCGAUUGUGCAAGGACUGGGAGAACCUCUUCUUCCGUCCCGGUGAGCAGAUCGAGGACUUCGCCCUUCGUCUCUCCGAACUGAAGCAGCAGAUGGUUCGCCAUGGUGACACGGACCUCACGGAGGAGCCGGGCGGUGGAGAAAAGCCGCGCCGAGCCGUCAAGAAGAAAUACGCCCGGUGA